AUCGCAACUAUGUCGCUGCUUCCGAUGAAUCGUGCCGGUCCAAAUGCCCGAUGCACUCGAAAGCAGCACGAAGAUUUCCACCGGAGUUUUUUUGCCGUGGCAUAAGUAGAGGUCUGGAUCUAAUAGUUGUGCCGUGUGCGCUCUACGGGCACGUGGUUUAUGGAUGCUGGGACUAUGAGCAUAAGCGACAAAAGGGACUACAUAGCAGACCUGGGAGGCAGCUUCACUGAGGACGCUCCUAGACCUCCAGUCCCAGGAGAGGAGGGUGAGCUGGUGUGCAGCGAUGGACGCCAGUACAGCAACCUGGGCUUCUCCUCGAAGAGCGAGAGCCUCAAAUGUGAGGCGUCCGUGGCUACCCCCAGGCGGCCGGACUUGGACCUGGGUUAUGAGCCGGAGGGAAGCGCCUCCCCGACACCACCCUACGUAAAGUGGGCAGAAUCUCUUCACUCCCUCCUGGACGACCAAGAAGGCAUCCACCUGUUUAGGUUGUUCCUCAAGCAGGAGGAGUGCGCCGAUAUGUUGGACUUCUGGUUUGCAUGCAGUGGCUUCCGCAAACUUGAAGCUAAUGAGGUGAACGAGGAGAAGAAGCUCAAACUGGCAAAGGCUAUCUAUAAGAAAUACAUCCUGGACAACAAUGGGAUUGUUUCCCGACAGAUCAAACCAGCCACCAAGUCCUUCAUCAAAGACUGCGUCAUGAAGCUUCACAUUGAUCCUGCGAUGUUUGACCAGGCUCAGACUGAGAUACAGACUAUGAUGGACGAAAACACCUAUCCCUUAUUUCUGAAGUCUGACAUAUAUUUGGAAUAUACCCGGACAGGAGGCGAGAGCCCGAAGCUGUACAGCGAUCAGAGCUCUGUCUCUGGGAACGGAAAAGGGCUGUCGGGUUAUUUACCGACUUUAACCGAAGAUGAGGAAUGGAGGUGUGACCAGGAGCCAGAGGAGCAGCCCGAGUGUGACCCGACGCCGAGCAACCGGCUUACUCAGAAGCUGCUGAUGGAGACGGCACCGCAGCGAGUUGCCAACAGCGCGAGGUUCGAGUACAGGCACUCUCCAUGUCGGGAGCCCGUCAACCCGUACUACGUCAACACCGGUUAUGCUUUGGCUCCUGCCACCAGCGCCAACGAUAGUGAGCAGCAGAGUAUGUCCAGCGACGCAGACUCCAUUUCCCUCACAGACAGCAGUGUAGAUGGGGUUCCACCCUACAGAUACCGUAAACAGCAUCGGCGGGAGAUGCACGAAAGUGCCAAAGCAAAUGGGCGAGUGCCACUACCUCAUAUUCCACGCACAAACCGGAUUCCAAAGGAUAUACAUGUGGAGCCGGAAAGAUUUGCUGCAGAGCUGAUCGGCAGACUGGAGGGCGUUCUGAGGGAGAGGGAGGCUCAAGAGAAGCUGGAGGAGCGGCUGAAGAGAGUACGAUUGGAAGAGGAAGGUGAUGAAGUCAUGUCCACAGCCGCAGCGUUAUCCAGUCACAGGUUCCCCCCUGGUGCUUAUCCGCAGAAUUACAACUCACGCUACGCUGACAACACCUACAGCGGUCAAACUCUGAGAGACGCUCACGAGGAGAACCCGGAGAGCAUCCUGGACGAACACGUCCGGCGGGUCAUGAAGACUCCCGGCUGCCAGUCACCGGGCACAGGACGCCACUCUCCCAAGUCCCGCUCCCCAGACGGCGUCCCAGGGGGGAAAGGGUCGGGACUUGGUACGGCUCCUGGUAAACAUCCACCCAGGCACGGUCUCAAAGGAGACGGCAGCCACCUGUACCCCCACAAACAUGUGCACCACAUCCACCAGGCCGGCGUCGGGAAGCCCAAAGAGCAGGUAGAGGCUGAGGCGUCCAUGCGUGUGCACGGCAGCUUCCCCUGGAGCGCGGAGACCAGUCAUUAUGGAUCAAAGUCUCGCAGCUACGCAGAUGGCAUGGGAUCCAACCCCAUGGAGCACACGGGCAAAGGUGGCACACAGUGCAAAAGGGCGUUCAAGAAAGGCGAGGAAGUGCGACCUUGUGACAUGCCAGCGCCUGUAGAGGAGAUGGAGAAAAACCAGAAGAUCCUUUUGUGGCUGAUGGAAGGACAGAAAGAAAUGGUUCAACAUAAGAGGAGCCCAUACGGUACCACUGGGUCAAAGAGGACCACCGGCCACGAGGCCCAACCGUGGAACACCGUGCAGCCGUCUCACCCUUUCAUCCAGGAUCCCACCAUGCCCCCAAAUCCAGCCCCCAGCCCCCUCAUCCAGCUGGAGGAGCGCCGGCGGCUUGAGGAGGAGAAGAUCAAAUCUGGAACUGUGCAGCCCAAGCAAAGGUAUGUGAUGGAGGUGAUCCAGAGGGGUCGCACCGCAGUCAGGCCGGCACUGUUCCCUCCGCUCAGCGUGGUGCCCGCCGUCUCUGACAGCGAGCUCUCCCAGCCCGAACACAAAGCCACUAGAAAGCAGCCGUGUGAAAACAUCACUGUGGCGUACUACUUCUGUGAGGAGCUGAUCCCGUACAGGACGUCUGUCAAAGGGAGGGUCGUCACCCUGGGCCAGUUCAAAGAACUGCUGACAAAGAAAGGAAAUUACAGAUAUUAUUUCAAGAAGGUAAGCGACGAGUUUGACUGUGGGGUGGUGUUUGAAGAGGUGCGAGAAGACGACGCCAUCUUGCCCAUCUUUGAGGAGAAGAUUAUCGGGAAAGUCGAGAAAAUUGAUUGAAGGUGACGUUGGAAGAGGAAGGAGUCAAAAAGGGCAGCGUGUGAUGGUGAAGAGGAAGUGUUUUAAGAUUGAGACCGGAGGUGAAGAGAAGAAAGGACGACCGUAGACGUGGAUGUAGAGAGGAAGAGCAGAGCAGUGGUCCCGAUGGACGACUGGUGACUUUUAAAGCUCGGUAGCACCACUGCAAUGACGUUGGACUAGAAAAAGAAGAAAAAGACCUCAUUCACUUCUCUGGAGUGUAAUGUAGCAUUGUAAUGUUUACUAGAAAAAUGAAGGAACAAAAGUGCUACUUAAGCUACAUAUUUUUGAUAUGAUGCAUCAGAUUGUUUCUAAAG